AUGUCCGACUUUGGUCCACAGACGGACAGGCGUAAGCUCGGAUUCGGCAUGUCGAGUCUGGCCGAUACACUUUCAUGUUGUCUCAACUCAUGGGUUGCUCGUCAAGGCGACUCCCGGCUUGAGAUGAUUCGCCAGCAAACAGCGCGCAGCCACGAUAUUGACAUGCAGCUACGAAAGGAGAAAAAGUACACGCGUAAACGUCAAAUGAUUUUGCUUCUGGGUACCGGAGAAAGCGGAAAGAGUACUUUUCUCAAGCAGAUGAGAAUUAUCAAUUGCAAAUGCUUUUCUGACUCUGAGGUGGCACAAUUCCGAAUCACUAUCUAUGAUAACAUCUACAAAGGAAUUUUGUUUCUAAUUCAGUAUUAA